GUUGAGCAUCACCUAACUCUCUUUCAAGAAAUGAUACUUUCAUGAAUGCAUGCAUUGGCAAUAGCAGUCCUGUGCUCUAUUAAGUCUAUAUAUAUUCAAGAAACCACUCUCACCUUCUUCAUUCACAUUCUUAACCCACAACUGAUGAAAUGUCGAUAUCAGUUUCAACUCUCUGUAUGCUUCUCAUGCUUUCUUGCUUCAACUUAGGAGCGUAUUUGAAAGUGGCUGAUGCACAAAGAACUUGGUGCAUUGCGAACCCAUCAACCAGCAACACUGAGCUAAUAGCAAACCUAGACUAUGCCUGCAGCCAUGUGGGUUGCUCUCUGAUACAACAGGGCAGCAGCUGCUUCUACCCAAAUAAUUACCUCCACCAUGCUUCGUUUGCUAUGAAUUUGUACUACCAGCGUUCUGGCAGACACAGGUCGGAUUGUAACUUUUCAAACUCUGGACUCAUUUCCUUCAGUGAUCCAAGUUUUCGUAGUUGCAAUUAUGAGACCGGUGGAGGUAUAGUAGAAAGCCACAGAUCAGAAAACCAAACAUCGGAAACUUGGUGUGUGGCGAAACCGGCAACAGAAAACAGUAUGCUGCAGGAAAAUAUAAACUUUGCUUGCAAUCACGUGGACUGUACUCCCAUACAAGAUGGCGGACCAUGCUACAACCCAACAACACUAGUGAACCAUGCCUCAUUUGCCAUGAACCUUUAUUACCAGACCACACAGAGAACCAAUACCAGCUGUGAUUUCAAGGGUAGUGGUCUAAUUGUUAACAGAAAUCCAAGUUAUGGCAAUUGCACUUUUUGAGUCCAAGAAAAAUGCUCGCUUAGUACUAAUAGUUGUUAUUGAGAAAGGCUUGCUGUUAGGAGGUGCAAUGUUGUUAGAUACAUGAUAAUAAAUUGGGGAAGAAACUUUGUUCUCAUUCUAUUUACUCUACUACGAAACAUUCGUGAUUUGUUUGUGCAUGUUUCAUGAUGAAUAUUUCUUAACUUUUCGUUUCUA